CCGAAAUGUUGAAGACAUGUCUUGCAAAUCGCAUGACAGCAGAGAGACAUCGAUUGACAGUUUGAAGGGUUGUUAUUGUUUUGAGAGGUCAAUUUUCGUGAGUGAUUUUCCUUCACGUGCGUGCAUUUGCAGUGGCCAAAGCCGACACAAUGGACUGUGUCACGAUCAGCGAUGACUCAGACGUCGAAAUAACAUUCAGCGAGAUCACAAUAACGCGAAUUCCGCCAAAACGACGUUCUUCCACCGUUCCGGCCGGAAGUUCGCAGCCACUGGAGACGCGGCGCAUGAGUCGCCGCAAGAAGAGCACAUCCGACAUUGCUGAGGUCAAAUCCGGAGCAUCCCGAGCAUCCGUGAGCACUGGCGAGACAAAGCGCAAUGAUAUUCCUUCGGUGGACUUUGACAGCAAGACGGCGCUGAACGACAUCCUCACUGGACUCGACGGCGCCGCCUUCCAGUCCCGCUUGCCGUUCGAGAAGAUGACCUCAGCCGAGGCAGUGUGCUUCCCGGACAUUGCCAACAAUGGACUGAUCGCUCAGCGGGUGUUCCUGAACAUCCGCAAUCGCUUGCUGCAAAUGUGGAUUGAGAACCCUAAGAUUCAGCUCACAUUCCAAGAUGCGCUCAAGAACAUCGAACCGCCGUUCGAUAGUGAUCCGGAAUUGCUGAAGAACAUUCACAUCUUCCUUGAGCGCCACGGAUUCAUCAACUUCGGGAUUUUCAAGCGCCUCCAGCCGAUUCCCACCAAGAAGCUGGCCAAGGUGAUUGUCAUCGGCGCGGGAAUUUCAGGCCUGAUUGCUGCUCAACAGUUGCGACAGUUCGGGAUGGACGUCGUCGUGCUGGAGGCUCGAGAUCGCGUGGGCGGCAGGAUUGCCACCUUCCGGAAGAACAACUAUCACGCUGAUUUGGGCGCAAUGGUGGUCACGGGCAUCUGGGGAAAUCCCAUAACCAUCCUGAGUCGCCAGACGGGCAUGGAAAUGGUGCCAAUCAAGCCAGCGUGUCCGCUUUACGGAUCAAAAGGCAAGCCCGUGCCCAAGUCCAAGGACGACAUGGUGGAGAGAGAGUUCAAUCGUCUUCUGGAGUCCACGAGUUACUUAUCUCACCAGCUAGACUUCAACUAUGCCGGAAACAAUCCGGUUUCGCUCGGACAGGCGCUUGAGUGGAUUAUCAAGCUUCAGGAGAAGCACGUGAAGGAGAAGCAAGUUCAGCAUCUCAGUUCUGUGAUCGCACUUCAGCAGAUUCUGAUCGAGAAUGAGAACAAGAUUGACGAACUCAUGCAGAAGAUGCGAAAGCUGAAGACUCAGGUGGAAUCCAUGCAGGAGUCGCGUCCUCAGCGCACUCCGGAAACCGAGCAGAAGUACAUUGAGCACGAGUUUAGCGUGCGUCAAGUUGUCCGGGAGUGGAAUGGCGUGUGGCGCGAAGUGGAGCGCUUGAGAGCUGUGCAGGAGGAUCUGAAGGUGCGACUGAAGGAAUUGGAAAUGAAUCCACCCAGUGAUGUCUAUCUCUCGCCGGAGGAUCGACAGAUUCUUGACUGGCACAUGGCCAAUUUGGAGUUCGCCAAUGCGACGCCACUGAACAAUUUGUCACUGAAGCACUGGGAUCAGGACGAUGACUUCGAGUUCAUUGGGAAUCACAUGACAGUGAAGAAUGGCUACUCUUACGCCCCAAUUGCCCUGACUGAAAACCUCGACAUUCGAGUCAACACAGCCGUGAAGACAAUCAAGUAUUUCCCGGGUGGCGUUGAGAUUACGGCUGAGAAUCUCAAGACAACCUCAUCUGUGACUUACAAAGCCGAUCUCGUGCUCUGCACUCUGACGCUGGGCGUGCUCAAAGUGGCCACUUCGCCUCUGUCCACCAAGCAGGCCAACACUGUGCGCUUCGAUCCGCCACUGCCGGACUGGAAGCAGGACGCCAUCCAGCGCCUGGGCUUUGGGAAUCUCAACAAAGUCGUCCUCUGCUUCGAUCGCAUCUUCUGGGACACCAGCACGAAUCUCUUUGGCCACGUCGGCAGCACAGCGGCCAGUCGUGGCGAAUUGUUCCUCUUCUGGAGCAUCUGCGAGUCACCAGUGCUCCUCGCCCUCGUCGCUGGCCAGAGUGCCGCCAUUAUGGAGAAUGUCUCCGACGAUGUCAUCAUCGGUCGAUGCAUCGCCGUGCUGAAGAGCAUCUUCGGGAACUUUGCUGUGCCACGACCACGAGAAACUGUCGUCACGCGAUGGAGAGCCGAUCCCUGGGCUCGAGGCUCCUACAGUUUCGUCUCCGUUGGCUCAUCGGGCAGCGAUUAUGAUCUCCUGGCCGCUCCUGUCACGCCCACAACGGAAGACACCAAAGAAAUGCCUCGACUCUUCUUUGCCGGUGAACACACCAUCCGCAACUAUCCUGCAACUGUCCACGGAGCUCUCCUGAGUGGCCUUCGCGAGGCUGGUCGCAUCACGGACUAUUUGCUGGGCUUCCCCAACACCUAUCCUAAGGAACCUAAGCAGGAGCCUUCAGCAACUUAAUUUGUGUCAUUUCUUGUGUUUGUUUGCAGUAUUGUCGAUGUGAAGUAUUAAAAUGUGAAACC